ACCUGGUGGACCUAGGGAAGACGGGCUACUUUUUUAUUUUUUAAGAUAUACCUUGUUCCUACAACUCCAGGGAUAAGACAUUUGAUUCAUCACAAUAAAAACUGCAUGUGUGCCCACCACCCCACAUAGCACUACCUGUUGGGAGAAGUCAUGAGCACACAUUUACACAUCAUGUAUGGGCGCAGGACAGAUGUCUGAUCAAUCGUACUGAAAUAUCACUCUAGGUUAACACUAUAUUCCUGAGUACCGGAUCGUGAUUGUAAUCGAAUCACAGCAUCGUGGACAUACAUGCAAAUUUGCAGUGUUAAAACCUCAGUGAUUCACCUGUACCUGUCUUGUGUCUAAAACUGAACAGCAUUGACAAGGACCGUGUGCAACCUCAACAUCGACAAUUAAAUGUCAGAUUUCAUAUAGGACUUAUGUACUUCUGUUCUCUGCGAUUGAAUGUUUCACAACUGCUCAUGCCUACAACUAUUAAAGAAAUGAAAUUUGUUAAAAUUGCCUGUAAAGUUAGUUUUGUGAUGGUUUGGGGUUAAACGAAGUGUAUAUAUUUUGGUGUUGCUUUAAGGGAAUUUGGUGCGUGUGGUAUAAAGGAGUGCUUUCUACAGUUUAAGUGUAUUUAUUUAUUGUCGAGCGUUCUGGGAUCAGUCGCAUUCCUUACGUCCUGUGAUGCACAGCAGUGUAGUCUGGAUAGGCAGCUCUCUAGGUUUUGAGACGCGGUCACUGAACAGGUGCUUCAGUUGCAGGAAGUAUCGACACAAACACGGGGAUGCUUCGUAUAACCUAACAUCAAGGCUGCCUGUACUCGAGCAGACAGACCACCAGAGGUUAUUUAUUUCAUGUAAUGGUUUGCUGAACCGGGAUCGCAGCCCAUCUCCUCAAUAUGGAGAUUGCUGUAGCCAAAAUACUUUGCCUGCUGGGGGUCUUUGCCCUCAUGUUGGGUGGGGUCCUCAUCCCUGUUCGGGUGAUGCAGACAGAGUUUGAUAAAUUUGGCAGGUACAGAAAAGUGGUUUCGUUCAGCAAUUCUUUUGGAGGAGGUGUUUUCCUGGCCACCUGCUUCAAUGCCCUUUUACCCGCGGUUAGAGAUAAGGUGGCGGAAGUCUUGAAAAUGCUAAACGUGUCCACUGACUACCCGCUGGCGGAGACCAUGAUGAUGCUUGGCUUUUUUCUAACAGUAUUUGUGGAACAGGCCGUGCUUACGUUCCGCAAGGAGAAGCCUUCAUUCAUCGACUUGGAGACGUUUAAUGCAGGUGGCUCGGAAGCGGGGAGCGAUUCUGAGUAUGAUACCCCAUUCAUUACACCCCCUCGUGGGUCAUCCGGAGCCCACCAGCGUCAUUCUCAUCACCACGGAAACUUCAGCCCUUCAGAUCUGACGCGUGCUGGCCCGUUGAGGUUAGCUAGUCUUGUGCUGGCGCUUUCUGCUCACUCUGUCUUCGAGGGUCUCGCGCUGGGCCUUCAGGAAGACGGGGCUAAGCUCGGAAGCCUCUUCAUUGGAGUGGCCAUCCACGAGACUCUGGCGGCCGUGGCUCUUGGGGUUAAUGUAGCCAAGGCAGGAGUGCCCAUACGUGAUGCUGUUAAGCUGGGCGUAACAGUGAGUCUGAUGAUUCCUCUGGGCAUCGGGAUUGGCAUGGGUAUUGAGACGGCCCAGAACUUGGCGGGAAGUAUUAUCUCUGUAGUGCUCCAGGGCCUGGCAGCCGGCACAUUCCUUUUCAUUACGUUUUUUGAGAUUCUCUCGAGAGAGCUGGAGGAUAAACAUGACAGGCUGCUAAAGGUGCUUUUUCUUAUCGUGGGCUAUGGCAUACUAGCUGGGCUCAUCUUUAUCAAAUGGUGAAGAGGUUUGAAAGACUGAGACACAUUUCCAAGAGCAUUAACUUAACAUUAACUGCCAACAGUUAUUAUCAACAUGUUCAGUAUAUCUACUGUAAAAUGAUUGAUAUUCUGUAUAGCCUUUUAUUACUAUUUAUUCCCAACAGGGUAUAAAACUACUGUACAUUUUAUAUUAUUUUAACAGAUUGAACAUUUUUGGGUGUAACAGAAUUAGUACAUAUAAUGACUGAAACUGCUGUAAAAAGUCUGUUUCUGAUAAAAGGGUCUGAUGUUAAAAGAUGUACAUCUGUUACAGACACAAAACAUUGCCACUCCAUUUUGUAUCCGUUCUUUCUCCUGUUAGUGUUUGUGUGGAUCUUGUAAAAGUCUUUUUUUUUUGGAAUGUCAAACGUUCUGUUUGAAAUGAUUUGCCUAGGAAUAUAAAUUCAAGAUGAGGUGUGAAUCUAAAAAGAUGAAGUUGUUAUUGAGAUUGAGAACUUUGAGAAGUUUGUAUAGAAUAAAUUCAGUGUGGACUAAAGCAGAUUUUUUAUAACUAUGAAAGUUGCUUCGUAUAGAAGAGCUUUACUGGGGGAAAUAGAAGCUUUGAAGUCACCAUGAAACGGAAGUUGCGAUUGACUUCUUUUCCGUGUCGUGACAUAUCCGUGUGUAACGGCUUCUGAAAUUAGAAAAAAUGUAGGGCGGGGCUUUAUUUUGCCCUUCCCGUUUUGAUUGGUUUGUUGUAAGUUGGGCAUGGCAAAGGAGGGCUAAAAAUGCCUGGCCAUUGGACAGUCAGUAUAGUCCUAUACCUUUUUUUGUUGCUUACGUCAUGUGGUGAAGAGAUGUUGUUGAGAGGCGGAGAGGAGCUUAAUGUUUUUGAUUAAAGAUUACAAGUGCAAAUGAAUAAAAAUACAUAAUGGUGUGCAUGGAUAAAUCAUUUAUAAUAAUCACUACAACACUGUGUAAAACACUUGGAAUUUUCCUCUUUGAUUUCAUGGUGACUUUAAUAGUUUGGGUGGUUUUUUUUGUAACAGCAGGGGGCAGUGUCUUAAAUGGAGUUUGAGAGAUUUGUGUUUGUUGUGAAUACUGUCAAACCAAAAAUUGUUCAGACACCAGAUAUCAUUUUUGAUAUUUUUACUGGUGGGUGCAGGACGCUUCAUUUAUAUAAGUGAAGAUGGCAAAAUAAUGUAAACUGUGACACCCAAAUAUUGUUCAUACAGUAGACUACCAGUAAAAUUGAUACCACUUUUUUUUUUCUAUUUCUAAUGCAACCUUUUAACACCACAGACUGAACAAAAUGAAGCAUUGAUUGGUAAUUGUUUGCCCUAAAUUGGUAUGAUCUAAUUGUGGAUUUAAAUUUAACAGCUGACAGCUCUAAUCCGUUACAUACCUUUCUAUCAAAGUUAUCUGACAUUAUCAAGAUGAAUUUGUUCUGACCCAGUUUAACUCUUGAGUUCUUGUCAUAUUUUAUUACCAUUUUCUAAACUAUAGUGAAUCAACUGUGAUCAUAAAUGUUGAAGGUGUCUGAAUAAAUGUAGUUUUGACUAUAUGGUGGAUUAUGUUGUGCAGUAUGCCAUCAUAAUUAUCAUUUUAAUUCAGUUUGAUUAUUCGCCCAUUAAGGCUUCAAUUAUCUGUGUGUGUUUCCGUUUCGAUUUUUUUUCAUCAAAAUAAAUCAUACUUUACCCCCCUAUGUAAAAGUACAAGGAAUUAUUCAAUGUAGUCCACUUGAAAUGUAUGGCUUGAAUGAUGCUAGAAGUCAGGAAGAGUCUUAGUAGCAAGUUGAUGGGCAUUGUUAUGAAAAUAGCACGAAUACUGAAUUUACCCAAAGUGAAUCUCAGCUAACUGAACCUUUUUAUUGUGUAUUUAAACAACCUUUGACUGUGUCAAUAUCCUUGAAUUAAUCUGUUGUUGUUUUUCUUUUCUCUUUCAUUUUUUAAGCCAAAAUUUAUCUUCAGUUAGCUGACUUUUGUUUUUGUUUGACAUGUUUAUACUAUUCAACAAAAAACUCUAAUAAUCCAAAUCAGUGGAAUCCAUUCCAGUUUUUUUCGGACAGAAAAUGAAGACUUUUUAUUAGUUUGUCUUCUCUGUGAUCUUUUAAAAGUGCUGCAAACCUGUUCUUUAGAAACGCCGGUUAAUCAAUCAUGUAAUUUAAUAAAACAAUUUAAAUCAUAA